AUGGAGUUCACGUCGUCCUACUUCCACGCCUUCGGCAACCCUGACUUCGCGGCGGUGUUCUCGGGCGGCAGCGCCGGCAGCGCGCAGGCCCACCGCCCGCGGCGCUCCACCGACGGCUGCGCGAAGGCGGAGGACGGCAGGAGCCCCACAUCGGCCACGCCGAGGAGCGCGCCGUCCAUGUUCUGCGUCCCCGACACGGAGGCGGAGGAGCCCAACAGCUUCCUGGACGAGUGCACCCUCUGCCGCAAGGCGCUCUGCGGCGACAUCUUCAUGUACAGGAGGGAGCAGAUUGAGAUGGACCGCAUCAGGCACCGGAGGAAGAAGCAGCAGGCCCUCAUAGCGGCGCAGCAGCAGCAGCAGGCGGAGGCGAUGGCGCAGAGGGACCAGCGUACGCAGCGGCAGCUUCAGCCACAGCACUAG